UUAUAAGUUUUUUUAUUUGGCAAUCAUCAUCAUCCUCAUCAUCUCAUGAAAUUGUUUGUUUAAGCUUUCGCAUCAAUUCGGGAUUAAAAUAUAGAAUUGCUUAGCUCGUUCCUCUCUAGCCCGAGGGCUUUUCGUUUAUAUCCAAAAGUUCCUACUUCCCUCAGCCCGCCCUUUCUUCUUUCCAAUUGCCACAUCAUACAUCUUAAGUAUAUCCACGUAUUUCCCAACUCAUCACGACGUCUUCUUCUCGUUUAUCCACCUCGUCUUCUUAUUCAGAAUACAUGCCGUCGUCGUCGUUUUCAACUGAUUUCGACGUGUCUAACAUGUUGAAACCGUCAAGUUCUCAGAUGUUUGGACCAAUUGAUAUACACAUUCCACGUAAAGAUUCUCGUCAUCAUCAUCAUCUUCGACAUCUUCGUGCAAGGCUGGCACCAGAGAGACUGUGUUUUGGAACACUUCGACCUCAGACUGCGGCCUAUUUGAUUUGUAUUGCAGCACUACAUGAAAUUACUUUUGGCACAAUUCUGGUGUUUGCAAGUGGUUAUGGUGAGAAGGAAAGCUGGUAUCACAGUGCACAAUGGGUUGUGAUACUCACAUGUCGUCUACUACAGUACCCAUCAUGUCUUAUUGCACUUUUUGGAAUUCGGAAUAAUAAUCCAGCGUUGAUUGUUCCAUUUAUGUUGUCACAGGUAUCACUUGGAAGCUACGCCGAUCUUCACACAUACAUCCAAAUGGUAUCAAAAUGUUCAUCAUCAGCUCCACUUCCGACAACUUCUCCAAUUAUUUUAAUUGUAAUUCCAAUUCUAGUUUAUGCUGGUGCUCUCAUGUUCUUUAUUUAUAAUAUGUAUAUGGUUGUCAAGUGUAUUACAGUAAUUCGUGGUGAUAGUGGAAGAGGUGGUUUAGAUGGACCACAACCAUCUGAACGAUCAAUUAAUGAUGAUCUAUUUCUGUAAAUAAAACAAUUUUUGAACAACCUUAAAUUAUGUAAAUUUGUAAAUUCUGUAAUUCAAUGAAGAUUUUUUGAAAUA